UCAACCUAUUCACCACAGGCUAUAUAACGUUUGGAAGAGCUGAAUGAAAGUCUGAAACCGACUUGAGAGAGCGUUAGAAGGGUAAAGGAAAGAGGAAAAUCAGCUUGGCAUUAUCAGUGGGAACACUGCUUUCAGAAUCAAAGUUGCAGGUACUUUUAAAGGGUGUCAGGUUCAAGGACUGUCACUCAGCCGCGUACCAGAGAGAAUAAUAGUAGGACACACUCAAAGGAACGACAGAACUCACGAUGGAUCGCAAAAUCCCUGAUUUUGCUGGUACUUGGAAAAUGAAAAGCUCCGAGAACUUCGAAGAGCUUCUCAAAGCACUGGGUGUGAACGUGAUGCUGCGUAAGAUUGCGGUCGCAGCCGCGUCAAAGCCAUCCGUGGAGAUUACGCAGGACGGAGAAACCCUGUCAAUCAAGACCUCCACCUCUGUAAGGACCACCCAUGUCACCUUCACAGUUGGACAGGAGUUUAAUGAGGCCACUGUGGAUGGACGUCCCUGCACGAGCUUUCCUUGCUGGGAAACAGACAGCAAGAUUAGUUGCGAACAGACUUUGCAGAAGGGUGAGGGUCCAAAAACCUCAUGGACCAGGGAGAUGACCAAUGACGGCGAACUGAUUCUGACCAUGACUGCAGAUGAUGUGGUGUGCACAAGAGUUUAUGUCAGAGAGUGAAAGUAUGAGGAAACAGGAAGAAUAUCCAUCCAGAUCACUCUCUUUCCUUGUUAACCACAAUGACUGUGAUUUUAUAUCAUAUAUUUCCUUUCUCCCUCAUCUCUUUUUUCAUUUUUUGUUGACAAUGUAUUUGAAUAAUACAUCA